UUUUGUAAAAAAAAUUUGACUGACCGAGUGACCGCUUUUAGGUUAUGUGUUAUCGUUAUGUUGUGAUGAUGUCUUCUGUUUACUUUGUAUUACAGUAUUUCUGUUUAUCAGGUUUAUGUGCUUAUUUGUUGUAGUGGAUUAACGAUCCAGCAAGUCUUCAGAAACAACCCAGGAUGGGAAAGGCUGAGAGAACGUCCGCGAAAGCGUUGGCUGGAGGAUGUGGAGGAUUUUGACUGAUUAGGCUAUGAAUGAGCUGUAGCACCAAGGAGUAAGUAAAGAUGCCUGUGCAUGUGGUCGAAGACAACCUUGCCAGCUAGAAGCACGGCACCUAUCAGCGCCACCUUGCUAAGCAUGAGCGACUGAACUAGCAGGAUCUUGAGAGCCGUGAGGGCAGCUAUCACCACACCCGCAAACUUGAAGCCAAACAUCAGCGGAACCGCCAUCUUGGACACUUUUUUGCCUCGGCCUGCAACAGUACAUUCAGGUUACAGGCUGUAAGUUGGAGGUAAAACAAUUUCAGUAAGCACAUUCAUCAGUAGAAUUUCCCCAUCAACAAUAAUUGAUAAGAAGACGCAUGAAUGGAUUCCUUAAUUGGCACAAUUCUGAAGAAUGCUUCCACCACCAGCUGUUUUGGUGAAGGAACUACUCUAGUGACUUAUGAGGAGAACUCAAACAAGAAAAGUGGUGACCACUUUGCUUCUGAUGUAUUCUUCUACAAACUUCACCUCGAAAAAAAUGAAAAGAAGUGGUCGAUUGAUGUUGUGAUAAAAAUCCAGCCAAGAUCAGAACGGUUAAGAGAGUUCGUGAGAACGAAAGGACAAUUUAGGAACGAGGAAUUUAUGUACAAAGAGGUGCUGCCAUUCCUGGACAAAGAUGGAGUUGUUGAACAACUUUUUGGGAAAUUAUAUUGUGCGUAUGUGGAUUCUGGAGAAGAUUAUAUAAAUGAUUAUUUUAUGUUUGAGGAUUUGACGAGUCAAGGAUACAGGCACACUUCAAGUAAGACAUUUUUGGACUUCGACCAUUGCGCUCUGGCCAUGAAACAUAUUGGCAUGUUCCACGCGCUAUCCUAUGCAAAAAAGCACGAAGGCUGUGUCAACCAACUUAAGACAUUCUCAAAAAAGUUUAUUUUGAAGCAAACCAAAGAAAGACUCAUCUCACUCACUGAGUUCUAUUACUUGUGUGGUAAACGCGGUGUGGAUCCAGUUAUCGAGGAGGGUAUCUGUGUUGAAGUGCUCACUGAGUUUUUAGAAAACUAUGAUGACUUUUCUAAGUUUUAUUUUGGUCUUAUUGAGCCCGUGGAGCCGGAAGCUGUGGUCUGUCACGGUGAUUUUUGCAGGAAUAACAUUUUUUUCAAAUACGAUGCGAACGGGAGACCGGUGUCGUUGAAGUUGUACGAUCUACAGACUCCGGUCUACUCGUCGCCGGUGAUCGAUUUGUCGUUUUUCUUCUUCAUGAACACCGACCAGAAACUGCGCGACGAGCACUGGGAUGAUCUGCUACUGAUCUACCGCAAUGCAGUCAGGGACACCGUACCAGGCAUCCAGGUUCCGGAUUUGGAUUUUGGACGUGUGGCCGUGUACGGUUACCUGCUCAGCAGUUUUUUCCUGCCGUCGAUGAUGAAGGAGCAAGAAAUUUCGGAUGUUGAGCAGCGAUUCGAGCAGACGCUGCAUGAACAGGCCGUUGAGGCGGCCAAGUGUGGAGGUGCCCAAGCUACUAGGGCCCUGGCUGACAUUGUAAGGCACAUGGCUCAACGAAACUACAUCAGAUCCAACUACAGAUGAAUGACAUUCUAUUGCCAAGUAUCAGCAACGUAAAAUACAUAUCACAGUCAUGUAUUUUAUGGUCAUAUGCUGCAUACAGACUUACGCGCCACGAACACACGCAUUUCGCUUUCCAUCAGCUGAUGUUUAGCUUAUUAUACAUGUAUUUUUACAGGAACAUUGUAAUCAUAUAUAAUACAUAUAUAUGUACAGCUAUAUGUCAUAUAUACAGAACAUUGAGAUACAUUAUAUAAUACAUAAAGCAUCAGCUAAUGAACAGCGAAAUGCGCAUGUUCGUGAUGCCUAAGUCUGUACGCACCUAUAUAUUUUAAUGGUCAGUGUGCGCUCAAUAGUGAUGAUCAAUUUCCAAUUCUGAGAGCUCACUCAAGAUCAUUUCUCUAAUUUUAUACCGAGAAUCUCAAUUGAGAUCAAAAUUCAAGCCAUUCUUACCUACAUUGUAAACAUGUGUAGUGAUUGUUUCACAGAGUCAAUUCAAGUUGAAAUAACAGUGUUACAAUAAACAGUGUUAAUUUAGAGUUUAACAACACCGUUUGCAUUUAUGUUUUGACUAUUUUCAAAAUAUAUUUUCCAAUUAAACAAAGAGAUGUACCUAUUCAUAGAUUUAUUAACCAAAAAUGUAUUUGAUGUAAUUGUGAAUGUGAUGAUUACACUCUAAACUUGAAAAUAUAUAUUCAAUUUCAAAAGCCUUCUUAGCAAAGCAUAUAUUUGUAAACCAAUGAGAAUAAAUUUAUUUAUUAAAUGAAGAAAUUAUACAUUCAAUUGUAUAACAUCAAUGAUACACAUUGCACUCCAAUUUCCUUUUGAAUUGGUUUCAAAAUCUGAAAAAUUAAGUCACAUUCAAAAAGUACUUCUACGGUAAUAAUGCAUCCAGUGCAUAAAUAUAUUCACCGCAUGUAUAGGAUAUGAAUAAUACUAUUAGAAUAUGGAAUAUCUCCAGAAAGCAAUUAUGUACAGCAUUAGUAACUAAAAUAUAAAUAUAGCUCUGCUCUUCAAAAUUGCAAUUAUUAUUAUUAUUUAUGUUGAACCAAUUAGUAACAUAAGACCUCUAAAAUAUAAAUAUUGCUCUGCUCUUCAAAAUUGUAAUGUAUGCAUCCAGCAUAUGAUGUUAAUAAUACUGCAAAUAGAGAAUAGAAAUUGUUCAAGAAAUAAGAGGAGUUUUCGGGGGAUUUUCAAGAUUAUUUUCAUGUAGAAUUAACUACUAUUUUCCAAGCAACUAUAAACAUAUGAAUAAAAAAUGUCUCAAGGUGCAAUUCCCUAGAGGCGUCUUGAGACGCGCGGGCUGUAAGGUGCAUGGUAAGAGUCGGCCAUAUUGGAUUGAUCUCCCAUAAGAUCAAUGUAAUCUUUUGGAACAGCGCGUCUUGAGAAUCCUCUAAGGAAUUACACCUCUAGGCUAAAACCCAAAAGUUAGUUUUGGGGAACCAUAAGUUAUGUGAGGUAUUACUAAAAUUAAUAACAACACACACUACCAUCUUUUGUUCUAUUUUAUUUAGUCAGUUCUACUACCUUGGUUAGUUUAGACUCAACGUAAAACUGAUGAUGAUGCCAUAGACAUUCAUCUUAAGAUUUUUAUU